UGGCGCCAAACAGCCCUUAGAUUCUCUAUACAUACAACUCUCCAUCAGAAUAUAGUGUUUUUUCCAUUGAUCAUUCCCGACGUUUCCACAGCUUCAACAAAUCAGUAAAGCAAUGUUGUCCUGUCUUGUAAUCCGCUAAACCCGAAACUCAACAUUUUUUAAUUAAUGUCUAUAAUGGAUAGUGAACUUGGAAAAUUGUUUAUAAACGAUGGAUAUCAGUUCCCUGGUACCAGCGGCUCUAACGAAUAAGGAUUCAAGUACAAUAGAAGCAGGAUACAAUAAAUUAUCUGAAAAUUUACGAAGAUUCACACCAUUGGCCAUACAAUGUGCCGUUUUUUGCGGUUCUCGAUGCAAAUACGAAAAUUCAAAGUCAUGGCCACCGGUACACAUGGCCAUAAAAAACAUCUUUUCCCACUGGGUAACGGACGAUGUUCUCGCAAUGGCAAGGCCAAAUACAGAGCAAAUUUUAAAAAAUCACAUAAUCGCACAAUUUCAAGGGUGGAGUAUAAAAACAUUAAUAAAUUUGCAAACACCAGGAGAACACGCAAGUUGUGGACCUCGACUCGAAAAAAGCGGUUUUACAUACAACCCUGGCGAUUUUAUGAAAAAUGGCAUUUACUGCUACAAUUUUGCGUGGAAGGAUUAUGGAGCAGCUACCAUGGAAAAACUUCUAGACAUGGUCAAGGUCGUGACCUUUUCUGUGCAAGAAGGAAGAGUUGCGAUUCACUGUCAUGCAGGACUAGGAAGGACAGGAGUGCUUAUUGCAUGCUACCUAAUUUAUACAUUAAGGGUUAGAGCGAGUGACGCAAUAAGAUUCGUUCGAAUAAAGAGGCCAAACGCAAUUCAAACGAGAGGUCAAAUCUUGUGCAUUCAAGAAUUUCAGAACUACGUUCUUCCACAAAUGAUCGUAUUCCCAAGGAGUAAUCAUAUGAGCAAUUUUAGAUAUUGUAGUCUCCAUUCUUAUCUCAACAGACAGUAUAAUAUUUUACAUGGCUAUGAACAAAGAACUUUUAAACAUAUACCAAAGAUUAUUUUUAUAAUUUGCGAGCGGAUUUUACAUUUAUGCGACUGUCAAGAAGACAAUUCACCAGCGGAAAUUGAAUUUAAAGUCUCCGCAUCUCCAUUUACGCAGCGUUUUAUUUCACAAUUUUUGGAAAAACUUAAGCAACAAGAAGUGAAACUGAAACAUUCUUGGACAGAUUCAUCACUGGAUUUAUCGUAUUUAAAUACUUCGAAAAGUGAUAAUAAUUCUAAUACUCAGAUAUCUCAGGUAUCAUCUAGUGAAACUUUAAACGACGUAGCAGAUAGUGUAUUUUGUAUUUCACCAGACGCCCCUUCAUGUUCUUCCGUAUUUCCUGCACUAGAUGACAAUUGCAUUGAUGACGUCCUAACCGAUGGUAUAUGGGGACAGGAACUUUUUGACAAUAAUUGUUACAAGGAGAUUCAAACUCACAUAAACUUGAAAAAUGCCGUUCAUACGCAGAGUUUCAAAACAAUUUCCACAGACGAGGCCAUUAAAUUAUUACUCUGCAAUAACGAAAACCUGUCUGACGAGAAGAAGCGAAAAAUACACCACUAUCAGGUUGAUUUAAACAUACGUUCUACCGCUUGGCAACGCUUGCAAUUAGAAACAGAUAUUGAAAUUCUAUCAAGUCUUUUGUACGAAUGGCUGGAAUCGUUAAGAAGACCCAUUUUGGACACGGAGGCAUUGAGUCAAAUAGUGAUACAAAGUUCCAAUCCCAGACAGUGCCUUCAAAAAUUAAAUCCCUGGAUUAGAUACGUAAUUGAAUAUCUCAUGAGAUUCGUGUCACGAUUGAGACCACUAUCGAGGAGCACACAAAAUCUUCUGGUAAAAAGAUUGAUGGCUGCUAUUACUCAGCAAAAAGUUACCAUCAAUAAAACUCUCUAUCCAGCAACAAAAAACUUCCAAAAAUUAAGAUCAGGUACAACUGAAAAGUUAACCGAAUUUCUCGUUCGACUAUUGAGUCUAAUCGAGGAAAUAAACACAAAAACUAUGAAUAAUAUGUGGCCAACUUCAAAAUGGGAAAUUUGUAGACAAAUGCAUGAGAGCAAACUAAAAACAAGCUCAACAACAUUCUUUCCAAGUACAAUGAACUAAUUUAUAUUUUUUAAUAAUAAAUAUUUAUAUUAUUAAUAUAAUAAUAAUAUAUUUAUAUAAGCAAAAAAUUUGUUUCCCAUGCGAAAGAAUUUAAAUAAUAU